AUGAAUACUUCCUCUAAUAGACGCGGUGCUAGCUCUCGCUCAAAUAUUACUACUACAACUACUGCAACAGCUGGCACAUCUUCCUCUACUGGAAAACAAAUCACACCUAAAUUUAAUCCAACUAGUAGCAGUGCAAAAAGUGCUGGACCAAAAGGUGAUAACUUGUACGAAUGGGCUUCCACCAUCACAGGACCUGUAGGUUCCCCAUACGAUGGUGGUGUAUUCUUCUUGGAUAUUACUUUUCCACAAGAUUAUCCAUUUAAACCUCCAAAGGUAGUUUACCGUACACGUAUUUACCAUUGUAACAUUAAUUCCUCGGGACAAAUUUGUCUUGACAUUCUCAAAGACAAUUGGUCUCCUGCUUUGACAAUUUCUAAAGUCUUGUUGUCAAUAUGCUCAUUGUUGACUGAUGCGAAUCCACGUAAUAUCGCACAUCAAUAUUUGCAUAGUCGUGAAGAACAUGACAAGGUUGCUAAAGAAUGGACUAAACGUUACGCAUCCUGA